GCGGUUGAGGCGGCUAGUUCGUGCUCACUCAGUCCAUGGUGAACUUGGAUUUCUUGCCCAUUCAUAUUAGUCGAGCUAGUAUUUUCCACUUGUUUCCCUACCACAUUAACUAAAUGGAGGAGGUUGACGUAGAGCCAACAAUUACUCCAAUUCCAGGAAUAGAUUCACAACGAACACAUCUUGGCUUCGUUUGGGGACCUGGAGAUAUCCUUGUUUACGAAACACAACACAAAGCCUCAGGUAAACAACCUAUAGGACAGAGCUGCCAAGAUGUGCAUGUAGUGAGGAAGGAUGAAGACAUUUACUCUCCAAUUCUGCGCAAGCUCUUCAACGAGUCCCACCACAUAUUUGUUGGAUUACAGAAUAUCAAAGAUGACUUGCCGAGCAAAAACAAAAAGCCCCAGUUUGUCAGCAUCAGUAAAAACUAUAGGUCUAUUAUAAGAGCCUGUAUGGAAGAACUACAACAGGUUGCAGUGUCAACAAGAGAUGCAGCACUAGCUGCACAGUAUGCCAACCAGGUGUCAAUCCUUUUGGCUGUGGAGCUCAUUUGGAAUCUGUGUGAGGUGCUCUUCAUCGAUGCGACUCCAGCUGGCUCUUUGCUGCUACACUUGUUGGAUUGGGUGCGGCUCCACAAGGCGGAGGUGGACGAGAAGGCCAGGGACGUCCUGCGAUGCGAGAGUCCCACAAGGCACCAUUUUUUCUGGGAUGUGGUGAUCAGCUUCGUGCUGCAGGGGAGGAUGGAGGAGGCGCGCUCCAUGCUGACCAAGCAGGCCACGCUGCAGCCGGCAGCACAGGCCAUGUUCAAACGCAUGGACAACCUUCUGGCCAAGAUGCCCAUUUACAAUCCCAGCAGCACCCAGACGCUUCCGGAGUUUGAGAUGAAGUGGCGGCAGUGGCAUGAGGAGUGUGACGCCUGCCUCCAGGACAACUCCUUCGCCAGCAGCCCACAGCUGGAGACCAUUUGUAAGAUCCUGUUGGGUGACGAUGACACACUCCUGGAGCAGAAGGAUCUGUUGAGCACCUGGUAUCACUACUUGGUGACGCGCCUUCUCUACACACACCCCACCGUCAAGCCCAUUGACCUACACUACUACGCACAGAUGUGCAUGGACAGAUUCUUGGACUCCCGGAGUCCCCCUGAGCCCUUGGACAGCAUUCUCCUCGCAGCCUUUGAGUUUGACCUUCACCAAGUUAUAAAAGACUGCAGCAUUGCUCUGAACAACUGGUGGUUUGUGGCCCAUUUAACUGACCUGUUGGACCAUUGCAAGCUGCUGCAGUCCCAUAAUCUACACUUCGGCUCCAACCUGAGGGAGUUUCUGCUUCUGGAGUACGCCUCAGGCCUCUUCACCCAUCACAGUCUGUGGCAGUUGGCGGUGGACUACUUUGACCACUGCCAGGGCUUCGGGAGGACGUACCUGGAGCUGCUGAUGGAGCGCGUGCCCCUGGACACGGAGCGCAAGGCCCUCAAGGUGCUGCGCAUCUGCGAGAAGAGGCAGAUGACUGAACAGGUGCGCAGCAUCUGUAAGAUCAUGGCCAUGAGGGCGCUCCGCAACAACCGUCUAGGCUCCGCCCUCUCCUGGAGCAUCAGGGCUAAAGACGCCGCCUUUGCCACGCUCAUCUCAGAACGGUUCCUCCAGGACUACUGCUCCAAUGGACAGUUCUCAGACCUGGACCUCAUCGAUAACCUGGGGCCAGCCAUGCUUCUCAGCGACCGGCUAACCUUCCUUGGUAAAUAUCGGGAGUUCCACCGGCUGUAUGGAGAGAAGCAUUUCACGGAGGCUGGCAAGCUGCUGCUGUCCCUCAUGACGGCCAAGAUCGCUCCCCAGAGCUUCUGGAUGAACCUGCUGACCGACGCCCUGCCUCUUCUUGAACAGAAGGAGGUGAUCUUCUCAGUGGACCAAACCCACGAGCUGAUGUACUGCUUAGAGGAGCUGACGAUGGGGAAGGGCCAGCCAAACCCUGACAGACCUAUGCAGGAGGAAGACCUGGAGACAACGAAGAUCGAGCUGCUGAGACUGGCGCUAGCUCGCAACCUGGCCCAGGCCAUCGUGAAAGAAGGCACUGUGGAGGCCUGAGCAGUGACCAGGCUCUGAUAUGUCUGAUUUCUAUUUGUUUGUAUGCUUUUUUCUACCUUGAGUUUCUGUAUAAUAAUGUCAUAGAAGUUUGAUGGAAAUGCUCUUGAUAAUAAUAAAAAUGUAAAAUGUUUAUAUACAUUG